UUUGCUGUUGCGCCGUUUUGAUGAUGAACGUUCUAAUUCUUUAACCUGUGCAUCUCAUUUAGCUUUUUAAGGUCACUGUCUUCCACAGCAAGUUGUUCUAUUACUUCUUGAAUCCCUUGUUGGAAUUUUGUAGAAAGGCUAAAUCCAGACGAGUGAGUCGACUUCUCUACAGCUCGAGAACAAAUUUAUGUUCAUCAACUCGCUCGAGAAUGAAGUUUUUUCUGGAAUUUGAACUCAUUGAUUAUGUGGGAACGCGCUCCAACGGUUCGGGAAUACUUCCAACGGUUCUAAGACGAAGAAAGAGACGCAGUAAAAAACAAGGUGAAAAUAUGGACCUGGAAGAGGCACUCCUUACUAUACCGAUAAACCCCAACAACUUCCCCGCAAAACUGUGGCGUCUUGUGAACAACCCCCAGAACUCUUCCAUUCGUUGGGAUCCCAGCGGUGAAAGUGUGAUAAUUAACCAACAGCAGUUUGAAGCUGAGCUGCUGUCCCCCCAGAAGAACACAUUUGAAACCCUGGAUCUUUUCAAAACGACCAACUUCACAAGCUUCAUCCGCCAACUGAAUCUUUAUGGGUUUAGAAAGGUGAUUGGAUCAGGGGAGAAGCAGAGUGAUGGCAAUUCUUCAACAGAGGGAAUCCAACAUCACUUCCACAACCAAAACUUCAAGCAAUGCCAUCCUGAACUGCUUGUGAAUCUGAAGCGACUUACAAGUAGUAACAAAGCAAAAAUGGAAGCUGGCCUUGAGGUGAACUGUCGGCCACCAAAUCGCUUUCGACGACUCGUGGCAAAUGGUGAUGUUGAAGACAGACUCAAAGUGGUGAAAAGAGGCUCUGCAUUUGUUGGACAGGCCCAGCGUGCACCUCCUCACCCAUAUCAUCCAAGCAGAUCUCAGCCCAUGAAGGAGUACAACAGAACCCCAGUCCCCCCACGUGGCUGGAUCAUGGGCCAUGGUGAUGCUCCAACUCCUACAACCUUCUACACUGACAAGGGAAUCCCAAUAUCUGUCAUCCACCGUUUUCCUACAGACACAUCCUGUGGUGUGCAGUCAAACCCAGCCACUGUGCACAUUCAGCAAGGUGCACAAGGCCUUGUUAACCCUGGACAGAAGUUCAAUAGUUUCAUCCCCCAUCAUCCACAGUAUCGACCUGGAUUCUACUCUCCUGCAGUGUGCCAGUGUUGCCCCCCAAGCCCAAUGGACCAUGAUCUGACAAGUGCUCACCAGACACCUGCUCCAUACUCUCAUUACAGCUAUUACCAGCCAAAUUGUCCUAUGGGCUUUUUGUAUCCGGGCAACCAAAACCAGGACUGGCAAAGUGGAGAAAACCAGGACACCAAGAAGAAUGAUGUCAACCUCGACAGAGUGUUCCAGAUAGUUGAUGAACUGCAAGCAUCCCCCAAAAUACACAUGGUCAAAGUGGAGACCCCAGAGAAACAGUCCCAGCCUCCCUCCUCAUCUGAAGACCAGCCUGUCAGCUCCAUCCAUAGCUGUGUCUCCUCACACGUCGACACCUCACUCAGUUCCAGCUCCAUGCCGGUAGUCAUCAAGGCCAACUCAGUUACUCCACACGGGCCCAUCAUUAUUGCAGUCUCAGGGAAUGUCCCACAGGGAACAGUGAGUGGCCCUGCAGGUGAGCCAGAGGACGUGGAGACACAGCCUUUGACUCUAGAAUCCAAGACAACCCAUGCGGAGGCCUAUCACAAAGAGGAAGAGUUCAGCAGCUCUGAGGUGGAGGAAACAGAGCUCCUACACAUAGAGGUCACCAACAGUUUGCAUGAUGCCAGUGUCAUGCAGGACAGCAGUAUCACCAGGAAGCAAACUAAAUCUCCAGAUCUCAACAUGUUGGUUGAAGUGGCAUGUAAGCAGGAAUCUUGACCUGACUCGCUAACGUUCUCAGUUCUGCUCAGACGAAGGAGAGUUUCUCAGACAUGGACAGUUUGUUGUUGCAACAUUUUAUUUAGAUGGAGUUUGUUUGGCAGGAAACUGUUAUUAUAGAAACUGCUAUCUUAUAGUAGGCAAGUUCAGCUCUUUGUUCUAGCUUAUUAUUUAUUUAUAACUUUAUAGAUGCAUACAUAUGGCAUUGUAACAGACAAUUCUGGAUGUAUAGUUUUCAUCAAUGAAUACAUUAUAUACAAGAAACGUGUAAUUAAUUGGAAAGCAAUGAUUACUAAUUAGUUUUUAUCGCAAUUGUCAGUGUAAAAUCAAAACCAAAUGUAUGUGGCAAACAUUUUAACAUUGAGUACAUUUUCAUAAUUUUAAAAACCUGUAUGUUUUUUAAACUAUUGUGAUA